AACUUCUGUUCACGAUGAGAAGGUUCAAAUUAAAGUCAAUGAUAAUGGGCUUCUCUUGAGAAUCGUCAUGGAAAAAGACACAGGACCCUUUUGCUACGACCCAUACCCGACGGUUUCCAAACAGAAUACCAACUCCUUGAAGAAAGAAAGUAUCACGAAGAAAGAUGAAGGAAAAUCAUGCUGUUGUUUUGGAAGAAAGUCAAGAAAAAGAAGUAGGGCUUUUUUGGCUGGAUUGGCAACCAACUUAGGUAUAUGUGUUCUGUUAUUUGGCUACACGUUAAUUGGUUCCGUAAUAUUCCUAGCCAUCGAAGGAGGAAGUAGUUACCAGCACCAAAUUCUGGCGACUACCUCUUUAUCAACGAAUAGCAACACGAAAACUAAACAUGCCAACCACACCGCUGAAUUGAAGGCCAGAACCGAUGAAGCUAGAGCAAGGACUGUCGAAAGUAUCUGGGAUAUUACUGUUAGUUUAAACAUUCUGUACAGAGACAACUGGACCAGAUUGGCUGCCCAAGAGAUAACCAGAUUUCAAAAUGAACUCCUCAGAUCGAUGACGGAAGAGAUGGCGUUACAGCAACCCCUCCAAGUCGACGCACAUGGUGGAAAACAUGUUCAUGAAAAUUAUGAAUGGACUUUCGCAAAGGCAUUCCUCUAUUCAUUGACUGUUCUCACUACAAUAGGUUUGCAAGAGCCUUUUUAUGUUCGUUCCAACUCAAACUACAGCAACAAUCUUCAAUCUCCUUGUCGAGAUGGUCCCACCGUCAAGGAGAUAGACAGUCUCAGUGGGACUGACAACGAAUCCAAAUCAUCUAUGCAUGGUUGGUCAAUAUUAGCACCGAUACUGCUUUGUCUGUGUAUGAUGUUCAUUUACAUAUGUCUGGGUACAUUCGCCCUGUACAAAUUGGAAGAUUGGUCGUUGUUGAAUGGUUUCUAUUUUUGUUUUAUGAGUCUCACAACGAUCGGAUUUGGGGAUAUGGUGCCAGGAUCUGAUCCGUUCUUGCAACACGAGUCCAAUGCGACCAUUUGGUUUUGUUCGAUUUAUAUUAUGUCGGGGAUGGCCCUGACCGCCAUGUGCUUCAAUGUUGUCCACGACGAAAUCGUUCAUAGGUUGAAGCAUCAAGAUAAAAAACUGCCGAAACUCAACUCAACCAGCUUUCCCGAGGACCUGAACGUCAGCGACCCGUUCAACAUGACGUCAUGACAAUUCCCGCAGAAAAACACCAACAUUUAUCACAGAAACUUGACCGAAGAGACGCUUUUGAGCACGGGCACCCCCACUUCCGUCGUGGAUAUGGGUAUGGGACUAGAAAUGAAUCCGGUUAACGCGAAAAUACCGGAAGUGCUCGAAGGACCGGUCAUGACCGGAGUGUACACGCUGCCCGAGGAGCCAGAAAACGAAGAGACGUCGGAAGAUAACACGGAAAUGUGAAUUAGUCAGUUCUUAAUUGUAUUUUUAAUGUAUUACAUGAAAGCGUGGGCGAAAAGCGGUGUUUCGUUGUAACGCACGCAAUUUCAAUUAAGUCUGCUGACGGUCUUUCGACCAGGAAACCACAAUAUGAAAGAGCGCCAUUUUUUUUACCCUUGAAACGAUUAUUCUGAUUAUAUCGUGAUAUUCAGUUGGAAUGACUUCACAAGAUAGUAGGUGUUUUCUAGCGUUUAAACGUAUUCGAGCGUGAAUCUAAAAAAGAUUCGA